UCCAUAUUUUGCAGUAUUUGUUCAAUAAUUUGGGUAAAAUUUUACUUACUACUCUGGCGGCGUAGUGUUGUGAUGUUGGCAACAACCAUGUCAGGAAGUAAAUAAUUAAUGUUGUUCCUUGUCUGUGGUUGACGGUUUGUUGUAUGACUGUAUGUUCUCCUGUCCGCUGGGUAAAUUAAUUAUCAUCGUAAAGCGAACAUUUCAUAACAAAAUAUUUCCAUUAAUAUAAACGUCACAUAAUUCGCAGAAUGAAACCGCCGUUGCCGAAGCCUGAAUUUUUCUGAAGAUGAUGUAUUAUUGAGAUAAACGAGGAACUAGUAGUUUUUUGUGAUACUUUCCCUUUCUGGGUUCAUUUCGUAAAUUCAAUGGGUCACAGCUCAGAAUCGGGCGAAACAUCCGCCACAGAGACAGGAGACAAUGUGGAUUACACUGAUGCUAAAGGGUAUGAUACCAGCGCAUUUGUGAAGGUAGUAGUGUCAGACUCUGAAGAUGACUCAAGUCCUACAAAAAAACAGCACACUUGCCACUAUCCUGGGUGCAACAAAGAAUUCAGUAGGCCAUGGCGCCUGGCUGCCCACCUGUCUACGCAUACUGGGGAGCUUCCAUACAAAUGCAGUUUUGAUGGUUGUGACAAAGCAUACACUACUAACAGCCAUCUCAGGAGGCACAUAGCGAACACCCAUCAGCGCAAAGAACUAGAAAUUUUGUUCAGAUGCCCAUUCCCAGGAUGUGAGGCUAAGAUGAAAAGCCAAUGGAACAUAAACAAGCAUUUCAAGUCAAAACAUGAACCAAAAGCUUUUAAAUGCACUGUGUGUGUGGAGAGUUUCCGGAAGCACAGUCAGCUUAAAGCACAUAUGUAUGAGCACACUGGUGUGCCACCCAUUCAAUGCACGAUAUGUAAUGCAGGAUUUCUGAAAAUUGGGGAUCUCAACAGGCACAUGCGAUGUCAUAAACAACACACAUGUUCCAAUGGUGAAUGUAGGCAGGUUUUUGAAACAUGGACACAGCUUCGAAAACAUGUGGCACUUGAGCACCCAAAAGAAUACGUCUGUGAUCAUUGUGGAAGAGUAUUCUACAAUAAGACACGCCUCCGUUCACAUGUGAUGGUACAUCAAGAUCCAAGUGAACGUGAAGUGAUCUAUUGCCCUUACAACAACUGUGGCAGGUACUAUUUUGAAAAGAAGAACCUGGACCACCAUAUCCACGCAUGCCAUGAUAAGAAGAAUUAUCCGUGCUUGCAUCCUGGCUGUGGAAGACAACUAAGUAGUCAGGUGCCAACAUUUAAAUAAAGCCAAAUACUCCCCUGCCAUUCAAAAGUGGCUUAUAGAGACACAGAAAUGGCAAGACUCUGGUAAGUGCCUGCUGGAAUUGUUCUAACCACACAGAAACUGGUAGUAGAUGUCAAGGAUUUGGACAUACAUAUUACAUUCAAUAGUGUAAAACAUUCAUCAUGCAGACUGUAUUAAAAUGCUGGGGAAGGCAUAAGUAUUUAGAAGCAUAGUAAGCAACAUAUAGAAUUCCCAACCUCUUCACACACACUCAGAAAGUUAGUGAAUACAAUAUUGAAGCCCAUUGGUGAAAACUUGCCAAUACUCUGUUACAUGUUUUGACCUUUGUGUGAAGAUUCAGCAUUAUUUUCUUUCAACCACAUAGUAAAGCACUCUUAAAAUCUGUGUCAUAGCUAAUUGCUCAUAAUGCCAAAGGAGUAUCACCAU